AUGAGUGGAAGCGCAGACACCAAGGACACCCACAAGGGACGUAGCUCUCAGACGGCCUCACCUGAGAUGCGGAACUUGAUUCUCGAAAAGCUCACUGUACUCAGAGUGCAGAACGAUCAUUUGAUCCAGCAGAAUAUGAUCAUGAUCCACCAAAACCAGAUCAUGAUCAAUAACAACAUGACUGUCGUCGAAACCCUCAAGAGCAUGCUGGGUCCCACAACAAGCACUCCUGACAAACCCGACACGCCUGUCAAUGACACCGAGGGCAAGGGCAAGGGCAAGGAGCUGCCCUCCAAGGCUGACAACAAUCACUGA